CCUCCUGAUGCUCCUUGCUGCGUCCGCAUUACUCCUGUGUUACUUAAGGAGGAAUGGCUUUAAAAUAACAAACAUGAAAUCUUCAGUAAGAACCGGAGCAGCCAUGAGAAACCAGUCAACUUCCAUGACCAGUUUUGCUUGGAAUUUUUCAGACUUAAAACCUCCUAUCUACAGUGACCUCCAUGAUCCUCAAGCAAUGGCAUUGCCGAUUACAGUGGAUAGAAGCAAACAGCCCCCACCCCCCCUAUCUCCAGACAGUCAUAUGUUAUAUAUAAGUGAUGAAGAGGAAGGUAACCAGACUUCUAGGCUGGAUAGCAGAUCUGUAAAGAAGAAAAGUGACACCUCAGGACAAUAUUCAGCUCUCCAGUAUAUGUUGUCUUCUGGAGCUUCCCUUCUGGGCAGUAUGUUGGAGAAAAGUACAAUGUUCAAUCUCAAGGCCAAGAGGCGUAGCUCUUCCCUAAAAAGUGGUAUUAAUAUGGAUAUAUUGAUGGUCCCUUUGGAGUCUCCAGUGCAUGUUUCCACUUUGGAUGCCAGAGCAUCUCCCAAAGUAAGUUUACCGACAAACCUAAGCAGGAGCAGUACUCUACUGUGUGAGAAUUCCUGUGACCAGCAGUUUACCUGGGACACAGUCGGGUUGUCUAUUCAAAGUAAUCACAUAACUCAAAAAGAAACAGGUUUUGUUAUCAGUGAUUUAAAAAAGAAACCAUAUGAUCCUGAAGAAAGAGCUACCAUAAGGAACAAGGUUCAGAUACAAAAUCCAGACUACACACUGCCAAAGGCUUGGUUUGUAUCAAUCAGAGACAGGCCAGUAUCGGAUGGAGUUCAACUUGAAAAGAAGGAACUAAAUAAUGUGGCAAGUUUAGACUCUGGGGUGGAUACUGCAGAGGGGCUAUUGAGACCUGGGUCUGGUGGCUACAACUCCGUACCCAAAGUGUUAACAGAUGGAACUGAAAACUAUGUUCUACCCAAUACACCCAAAGAACACUCCAAUGCAAGUAAUAGUCAAGAAGAAAUGCAGGCGGUAGAGGGGGCAAAUGAAGAGCGUCACAACUUGUAUAUAACACAUCAAGAGGCAGCCAGAAAGCUCAAUCCAGGAUAUUCUGGUAGAAGCUUGUGGGAAAAAAGGGAAGAGCGCCCACUAAUAGGUGUCAAUUAGAAUUGGUUUUUGGGCCUUUUUGCAUCAAGUGAUAGGGUUUAUUGUAAAGCUCAUGGUUUUUUAUGACGAUAAUUCAGACUUUGAAACAAUGCAGUUAAUGGCUGACUUUUGAUGCCAGACUUUUAAUAGUUUUUCUGUCAAUAUAUUUUUGAGAAUUAUGUAUUUUUUUAUUUAUUCUCUUUUUGUUUGUUAGUUUGUAUGUAACUACUGUCUUAGACAAAGCAAUAACAAAGUCAUAUAAAUGGAAAAUGUAUUUCACCUGUAGGUUCUUCAGUCCUUUGGAAAAGAUGUAUAGCUAUGUGGUGAACAUCUAUGACCUUUUUUGCUGUAAUUUUAUAUUAAUUUACAAAUACUUGUCAUGGUAUG